AUGGAGGAACAACGUGAAAUACUGGAACAAUUGAAGAAAACUUUACAGAUGUUAACUGUGGAGCCAUCCAAAAAUACUAAAACCGCGAAUGAAAAGAAGGAAGAGAGGGAAAGCGAAAAUUCGUGGUGCAUCCUCGAGAACAAUUACGAGGACAUUGCACAGGAAUUUAUUGACUUCAUUUACAAGAAUCCUACCACUUACCAUGUAGUCUCAUUUUUCGCUAAAUUAUUAGAUAAGCAUGACUUCAAAUACUUGAGCGAGAAAUCCAACUGGAAUGACUCCAUUAGCGAAGAUGGUGGGAAAUUCUACACUAUCAGAAAUGGGACCAAUCUGUCUGCCUUUAUCCUGGGCAAGAACUGGAAAGCCGAAAAGGGUGUCGGUAUCAUUGGUUCUCACGUGGACGCUUUGACGGUCAAAUUGAAGCCUGUCUCCUUCAAGGACACAGCCGAAGGUUAUGGAAGGAUUGCAGUUGCUCCUUAUGGAGGUACUCUGAAUGAGUUGUGGCUAGACAGGGACCUGGGUAUUGGUGGUCGCCUUCUUUACAAGAAGAAGGCUACUAACGAAAUUAAAAGCGCCUUGGUUGACUCUACACCCUUACCUGUUUGUCGAAUUCCUUCUUUAGCUCCUCAUUUCGGUAAACCAGCUGAAGGCCCAUUUGAUAAAGAGGACCAAACUAUCCCAGUAAUCGGCUUCCCCUCUCCGGAUGACAAAGGCAAUGAACCUCCUACGGACGACGAAAAGAAAUCGCCUUUAUUUGGCAAACACUGCAUUCACCUGCUAAGGUACGUCGCCCAAUUAGCCGGCGUCGAAGUAUCCGAAUUGGUUCAAAUGGAUUUGGACUUAUUUGAUGUUCAAAAGGGUACUAUUGGCGGUAUCGGUAAGCAUUUCCUUUUUGCACCACGUCUAGAUGACAGAUUGUGUAGUUUUGCAGCAAUGAUUGCUUUGAUUUGCUACGCUAAGAACGUUAACACCGAAGAAUCUGAUUUGUUCUCCACUGUCACUUUGUAUGAUAAUGAAGAAAUCGGAUCAUUGACAAGACAAGGCGCAAAAGGUGGCUUAUUGGAGUCGGUGGUGGAACGUAGUUCUUCUGCCUUCACCAAGAGGCCAGUUGAUCUGCACACAGUUUGGGCUAAUUCCAUCAUUCUGUCCGCAGACGUCAACCACCUCUACAACCCAAACUUUCCUGAAGUCUAUCUGAAGAAUCAUUUUCCAGUGCCCAACGUCGGAAUUACUUUAUCGUUAGAUCCUAACGGUCAUAUGGCUACAGAUGUCGUAGGAACUGCCCUAGUAGAAGAAUUGGCACGCCGCAAUGGAGACAAGGUGCAAUACUUCCAAAUCAAAAACAAUUCAAGAUCAGGUGGUACUAUCGGCCCAUCGUUGGCCUCUCAAACAGGUGCUCGCACCAUAGACCUGGGCAUCGCACAAUUGUCAAUGCACAGCAUCAGAGCUGCUACAGGAUCCAAGGAUGUCGGAUUAGGUGUUAAGUUCUUCAAUGGGUUCUUCAAAAACUGGAGGUCCGUCUACGACGAAUUCGGAGAAUUGUGA